AGGAAGACAGCCUGGGUUUCUCACCCAGCCAGUGGCCUGGGUGGCAGGGUGCGGAGGCAGUGUAGGGGGGACUGGAGUUGAGUUGAUCGGCUCUAAGAAAAUACAUAUGCGCAGGCACCCAGCUGUGAGGGGGACGAUGGGUGGGGCUGUGGGUACGUGCUGAGGGAGGAGAAGGAGAUAGGGUUGAUAGGGGAUGAGCAGGAGGAAGAAGGGAAGUGGAAGAGCGAAGCUCUGGGGGUGAGGAUGGGGAAGAUGGGGAAAGGGAGGCAAGGUGAGUAUGGAGAAAAAAGGUAGAUAUGGAGAAGGAGGUAGGCAUGGGAGAAAAGAGAUGGCAAGAGGAAGAAAGAAGCCAUGCUGGAAGAAGGUACAUGGUUCGGGUCCGAGCCGUGGUGAUGGCCCGAGAUGACUCCAGUGGGGGCUGGCUGCCUGUGGGGGGCGGGGGCCUCAGCCAGGUGAGCGUAUGUCGGGUCCGAGGGGCCAGGCCCGAGGGGGGGGCCCGCCAGGGGCACUACGUCAUCCACGGGGAGCGCCUCCGGGACCAGAAAAUCACCUUGGAGUGUACCCUGAGGCCAGGCUUGGUUUACAACAAGGUGAACCCCAUCUUUCAUCACUGGAGCCUGGGUGACUGCAAGUUUGGGCUGACGUUUCAGAGCCCGGCCGAGGCAGAUGAGUUCCAGAAGAGCCUGCUGGCAGCGCUUGCUGCUCUGGGUCGAGGCUCGCUCACCCCCUCCUCCUCCUCCUCUUCCUCCUCCCCUUCCCAGGACACCGCAGAGACCCCCUGCCCUCUGACGUCCCACGUGGACAGCGACUCCUCCUCCAGUCACAGCCACCAGGAGACGCCUCCCAGCGCAGCGGCGGCCCCCAUCGUCACCGUGGAGUCAGCUUCCGGCUUCGGGCCGGCCACGCCCCCCCAGCGCCGCCGCUCAUCAGCUCAGAGCUACCCUCCGCUCCUACCGUUCACGGGGAUUCCGGAGCCUUCAGAGCCCUUGGCUGGGGCAGGGGGCCCGGGCUGGGGCGGCCGCGGCUAUGAGGAUUACCGGCGCGCGGGGCCGCCCGCGCCCCUCGCCCUGUCCACCUGCGUCGUGCGCUUCGCCAAGACCGGCGCUUUGAGGGGCGCAGCCCUAGGGCCCCCCGCAGUCCUACCCGCCCCUCUCACCGAGGCUGUGCCUCCAGCACCCCCGGCUCGCCCACCCCCAGGCCCUGGCCCGGCCCCUGCUCCAGCCAAGGCCUCCCCGGAGGCGGAGGAGGCGGCGCGCUGCGUGCACUGCCGCGCGCUCUUCCGCCGUCGCGCUGAUGGUCGUGGCGGCCGCUGCGCCGAGGCCCCGGAUCCGGGUCGCCUGCUUGUGCGCCGUCUCAGCUGCCUGUGGUGCGCUGAGAGUUUGCUCUACCACUGCCUGUCGGAUGCCGAGGGCGACUUCUCGGACCCGUGCGCCUGCGAGCCGGGCCACCCGCGCCCCGCCGCGCGCUGGGCCGCGCUGGCUGCGCUCUCGCUCGCGGUGCCCUGCCUCUGCUGCUACGCACCCCUGCGUGCAUGCCACUGGGUCGCGGCGCGAUGCGGCUGCGCCGGCUGCGGAGGUCGCCACGAAGAGGCUGCGCGGUGAGGACGGCCUGAUGGGUCCAGCAGCCGGACCGAGGACCCAAAAUUGAGGGUCCGGGACCCCGGACUCCGUUCGGACCCCAAACCCAAACCUAGGCACACCCGGAACUUGGAGCUUGAGUUUGGAUUGAGAGACCCCAGACCUGGAACCUGGACCCCAAAUGUAGGACUGAGAGACCCCAGAACCAGCUUCAUUGGGAUGUCUGUCCAAGAGAUUCCAGGCCCCUUGAGUUCUGGCUUCCCCGUUCUCCACUCCCACCCCGACCUAGACUAAGGAGAUUCCAGGGAUCCCCAGACUCUUCACCCCAGGCAGGCAGGGAACACACAGAUCCCUGGGAGCCGGGCUCAUCCUGACUCCCUGUUCAGAUUACCAACCUAGACCCCCUUCAUGCCUGGCACCAUGAACCCUGUCAGAUUACAGCCCAAUAAUUAGGAGUGGCCAGAACGUGACCCUACCUGUAUACAGUUACUCCCAGAUCUUAAACCAUAGGACCCGGAAUCACCCCCCAGUGAUUCUUGAAUGCACCUAAAACCUGGGGUACCUGUAUUUAAGAUGUUCUUGUAGCCCCAGGACUUCUUAGACACCAAAUCCUCUUAAGAUGCCCUGAGUUCUUGGAUGUGCUCAAAUGGCUGUUCUCUCACCCCAAAUGACUUGGGAGAUCCACCUCAGAGCCCUCCUUCCCACGUGCACAUGGCCCAAGAUCCAGAAGUCAGACUCCGAGAUGCUCUGUGAGCCAAGGAUCAAAGACCUCUGUAGACCCACCCAUCCCAAGCUGGUGGAUCAAAGACCUCUGUAGACCCACCCAUCCCAAGCUGGUGUUCCCAGGAAUUUUCACUUCCAUAUAUAGAACUCUGUAAGUCCUAUAUAUGUAGGACUGAAGGCCACCAGUACCUCAGGGUCUAAGACAUACGUCCCAACCCCUCAGAUACCCUUCUUCCGAACCUCCUUGGACUCAGAUUUCAAGCCCCAGAUCAUCCUGGAAUCUUCAGCUUCUUUGUACCCACAUAUUCCCAGUCCCCAAAAGGCUAGGAGCCCAGUUCCCAGAAGAUGGGACGUUCAUGGCAACUCAGACCUCUGACCCCUUGCCCCUGAGUGGCCCCAGAGUACUUUAGGAGCACUCAAUCCAAGACCCUAAGGUGCCAUUGACCCUCCAAAUUCAGAACUCAAGCCUACACAGUAUUGGGAUUGUCCCUGACCCAAGACCUUGGUCCCUCCAUGCCAGAGACAAAUCUGAGGUGCCCUGGAACUUUCGCACCUUCAGAUACCAGAUUUUUUUGGAUUCCAACCUCUCUAGCCUGAUAUUUCCCAGGCCCAGCUUGUGCAUCUCCUGAGACCUGCUGCCCGUUGAAUCCUGCCGUCCACAGGUCCCUGAAACCCCAAGGUCCCAGACUCUCGAAAUUCUAGUCCUAAGGGCCCCAGCCCAAGUUCUCAGUAUCAUACAGAAUUACCCCUUUACCCUAAAGGGAAAACAAACAAACAAACAAAAAAACAUUUUGAGCUAAUGUUCCUGGAUUCCAGGACCACCCAAGAGCUCCCUUGCUCCCAUAUCUAGGAACUAGCAUUGCCAUAGAUGACUGUGCAGGCUGUUCACUAAACAAAGGCUCACAGCCAAGGCUGUGAGCGGGGCUGGCCAUGCUGUGCCCUCAGUGGAAGGUGUGCAUUUGUGUAAGUUGCACAAAGGCAACUAGAUAUGGCUCUAUUGGCACAAAUGCCCAUGGGUGCACACUCACACCUAUACACACCCACACCCACACAAUUCCCAAGCCUUGCAGACUCUCUCCCAAGCCCAACCUUGAGUCCUAGCCUUAGUCCAAGCCUUUCAUGUUCUGCCCCUCUGUUAACCCCUUCACAUCCAUCUCAGAGUUGGGAGUUGUUUCGGAAAGUUUGAAAGCCUGGUUCAUGGCCUUCUGAGACUCCUGGGAAAAGGGGAUUCCAAGAUCUCUUUCUCUUCAAUGGAAUGGGACUUCUAGUGUACCACGGAUCUGACAGCCUGCAUGGGGGAGAUCACGGUCUUGGAGCAACACAAUCUCAAUGUUGUAUGGGCUUGGGACCUACAUCUGGUCCUAGGCAUCUUGAAGUGUGCCCUUACCUUUCCUCAUUACCCAGACCUGGAUGGCCUUGUGGGGGUUCAAGGGAUAGGUCAAGGGGGCCAGAGGGAUGGAUCCUCCUGUCACUUCCUUUAAAUUAUUAACUAUUUAUUACAUCCGGAACCUGUGAGAUUCAGCUCUCUCAACCAGACCCUGGGAUGGGUGAGAGAAAAGAGGGGUGUCCCUCCCAUCCCCACUCUGCCCAGCUCUCAUCAGUGUCAAACCCACCAGAGCUGAGGGCGGAGGGACGAGGGGCUGGGGCAGCCUGGGUCCCCAUCCCCCUCUCUGUGCCUCGGUCUCCUCCCUUCCGUGGUGGGCGGGGGGAAGCUCCAUUCUUAACCUACCUCGUUUUGGGGAGGGGUGGGACGGGGGACCAGAGUGCUGUAAGGUGCUGUGGGAUCUGUGGCUGAAGUGGUGGGGGCUGCGGGAAGGUUCCCUGGCUCCCGCCUCCCAGCACCGCCUCUCCCAGGUCUCCCAGUCCUGCUCCCUGCUAAUACCCACCUCUGAUCCAUGAUUACUCUUCAUCACCCCUAAACCAGGGGUGUAUGGAGGGAUGACCCUGGGAGCCAGGAAGACCUCAAAACCUGGAGCCCCCAGGCCCAAUUUCCCAGCUGCUUGCCCCUCAGAUUGGAUGCUUGGCCCCCAGGCUUGGGGGAGGCACCUCGACAUUUAUCUUCCUGAUCUUGAUUCUAAGCCAGUCUGUGACCUCAAUAUUGUUAUCAGUGCAGGCUGAAGUAGUGGGGGAGGAUGGGGGCCGAAGACCAGCCUUGUCAUCAGGGGAGGGGGCAUGAGAUAUCGGCUCCAAGAAAUGUCUGUGACAAAGUC